AUGAUGACGUGCUCCUCUGGAGAUUACUUCCCUCAGUGCGCCUUCCCCAAAUUGUGCGACGGCACUGGCUGCGUCGACUGCCCAAGCGGACAUCACAUCUGCGCUUCAGGCAUGGGCUACUACUCCCGGACGUGCUGGAGCGGCACGAAGUGCCACUGGACGGGGUGCGUUAGCGGCGAGGACCCGGACAACCCGUACCUGUGUCCGGAAGCGAACGCAGACCCGCCGCCCGCCUGCCCGACGCCGCCGCCGCUGCCGCUGCCGCCGCCGUCGCCGUCCGCACCGCCGCCGUCGCCGUCGCCGCCGCCCUCGCCGCCACCGCCGUCGGCUCCGCCGCCCUCCUCGCCGCCCUCGCCGCCGCCGCCGCUGCCUCCCCCGUAUAACGUGUGGGACUGCAACGGAAUGAUGACGUGCUCCUCUGGAGAUUACUUCCCUCAGUGCGCCUUCCCCAAAUUGUGCGACGGCACUGGCUGCGUCGACUGCCCAAGCGGACAUCACAUCUGCGCUUCAGGCAUGGGCUACUACUCCCGGACGUGCUGGAGCGGCACGAAGUGCCACUGGACGGGGUGCGUUAGCGGCGAGGACCCGGACAACCCGUACCUGUGUCCGGAAGCGAACGCAGACCCGCCGCCCGCCUGCCCGACGCCGCCGCCGCUGCCGCCGCCGUCGCCGUCGCCGUCCGCACCGCCGCCGUCGCCGUCGCCGCCGCCCUCGCCGCCACCGCCGUCGGCUCCGCCGCCCUCCUCGCCGCCCUCGCCGCCACCGCCGUCGGCCCCCCCCUAUACGGACCUCUGGGACUGCAACGGAAUGAUGACGUGCUCCUCUGGAGAUUACUUCCCUCAGUGCGCCUUCCCCAAAUUGUGCGACGGCACUGGCUGCGUCGACUGCCCAAGCGGACAUCACAUCUGCAAUCGAGAGGGGACCAACUACUACUCCCGGACGUGCUGGAGCGGCACGAAGUGCCACUGGACGGGGUGCGUUAGCGGCGAGGACCCGGACAACCCGUACCUGUGUCCGCCAGCGGACGCAGACCCGCCGCCCGCCUGCCUGACGCCGCCGUCCCCACCGCCGUGA